AUUAAAUACACUUCUUGAUCACUGAAGAUCUGGCUCAUGGCUGAAAUAUUUAAAACUGAAGCUCGGGGCCAGUCCGAUACCCCCAUUGAACCAUGGCUGCCGAAGCACAUCACAUCGACCCACUCACGCUCCCUUUCCACCCCAUCCCUGCUUCCACUUCUCCAGGUGCAGUGGUGAAGCUCACCUUGCUGCACUGUGGUGAGAGUUGGACGCGCUGGGUCCAGUUCCGGCAACGCGAGACGGAGGAGGAGAUGAAGGAACGGGAGACAGGGGUGUUCUUUGCCUGGGUGGUCGAAAAACAGUUCGAUGACGGCAAAGUUGAAAGAUGGCUGUGGGAUGCUGGGGUGAUUAGCGUACGUCCUCUUUGUCUAUGGUGAUAUUCUGGUGUUGGCCUCCGCUCACAUGCAUGAAGGAUCUGGAUCGCGCUGGGGAAGGGAUGGCAAGCCUAUUCAGGUCUAGGUUCAUUUUCAACGUACCUCCCACCGCGCAGCUUCCGCAGCUGCUCAACCACCUCUCUCCACCACCUGCAACGGUGUCAAACCUUACAGGACUCUUCAUCUCUCAUGCCCAUCUGGACCACUAUGGUGCACUACCCGACUUCCCGGCUUCUCUGCCUGUUAUCUUUGGUCCAGGGACGAAGGCGUGGGCGGAGAGUUCCCUCGAUUUGGGAUUCCCCGUUCCGAGGAACUUUUGGGAGCAUCCGAAGUGGAUUGGGGAAGUCGGAGGGGAGGGAGCGAAAGGGAGAGGGAAAGGAUGGGAGAAGGUCGGGAGUUUUGAGCAUGCGUGGGACUGGUUUGGCGAUGGCAGCUUGUGGCUCGCCCAAGCGCCUGGGGUGAGCUUUACCCUCUCAUGUUGAUGAAUUUCUCGCUAAUGUGCUACCCUUCUCUCGUUUGUCUGCACCAGCACUGCCCGGGACAUAUGGUCGCCAUCGCGCGCGUGUCCACUUCCCCAGACACGUAUGUGCUCCUGGGCGGCGACACCUGCCACGCGCGACACAUCUACAGCCCCUUCCCGUCGCCCUCAGCCCGCGCGUCCUGUGCCUGCUUUGCUCUCCCUACCGAGGGUCUGGAUACCGAACCGUCCCAUACGAUGCACGAUGACCUCUUGCAGGCGUAUCAGAGCAUCGCCCGCCUGACGCGGAUGGAGAUGGAGGAGAAUGUGAUGUGUGUGUUGGCGCACGAGACGGAGGUUGCAAGGGAGCUAGGCGUGGGGAUCGGGGAGAUGAAAGGUGGGUGGGAGAAAUGGAAGGAAUUAGGUUGGAAGAGGAGGAAGGAGUCUGGGGAACCUCCAAGGAGAGAGGCGAUUUAGCGUUCCCUGUGGCCUGCAAGGAUUGAGGUUGAUGGGUCCUCGUACCACUUGAGGGGUUUGUUCAUUUCCGCCUGUUUAUGUCAUUCCGUUGUCCUGUUUUGCAGGUAGUGCUACCAAUCGACAGACACAGAAUCGCAGCCCGGCACCCGAAGGAGUCAUCCAGUCGUUUUCAGGCAUAGACCCGAGAUCGCAGGCAUUCUCAUUGUCUGUCCGUCCCCCUUUCACCUUGGAUUCGCAGUUAUACAAGCAGCCCAGGGGAGGAAGUCAACGAGCCCCGGCCCAGAACAACCCAGACAUCACUAUCCAGAGCAGUAAGACGGUCGGUCCCUUCUGUUCCACGCCCCCAUCACCCGAUCCAUUCAUCCCUCUGCACCAUCCAUAUGUUGUCCAUUCCAUCAGGCCGUUUUCUGCGGAGCAGUUCGCUGGCGGUCGUGGGUCCUUGAGAUGGCGUGGAUUCCCGAGAAUACUCCUUCGACGUACUUAACUCAGCGAAGCAUAUGCAUGAUGCACCACCACGCCCUCUUCAUCCACAACGAUAGCGACGGCGACAGCGAUGGAAACCCAAGCAGCGCACGUCGACCCCCUCUCACUCCCCUUUCACCCCAUCCCCGGCUCCUCCUCCCCAAACGCAGUCGUCAAGCUCACGCUGAUGAACUGCGGUGAGCUGACUGCCCGAUGGAUCCAGUUCCGCCAACGGGGGACGAAGGAGGAGAUGCAGGAGCAGGAAACGGCGGUCGUCUUCUCCUGGGUUAUCGAGAAACAACUUGAGGGAAAGGUAGAGCGUUGGCUCUGGGAUGCGGGGCUCGUUAGUGACGUAGACCGACUGGGACCUUCAGUAGCAGAGAACACCCGUACCAGAUUCGAAGUGCACGUCCCACCCAGCGCCCAGCUUCCAGAGUUAUUCACGCACCUCUUCCCCCCGCCCGCAACGCUCAACACGCUCACAGGGCUUCUGAUCUCCCACGCCCAUCUGGACCACUUCGGUGCUCUCCCCGAUUUCCCGACAUCGUUGCCUGUCCUCUUCGGGCCGGGGACGAAGGCCUGGGCGGAGGGAGGGCUCGAGUAUGCGUAUCCUAUCCCUGAGGACUUUUGGGAACAUCCGGCUUGGGUUGGGGAGGUUGGGGAAGAGGGUGCGAGAGGGAGGGGAAGGGGGUGGGAGAAGCUGGGGAGUUAUGAGAAAGCUUGGGACUGGUUUGGCGAUGGGGGUUUGUGGCUUGCCCAGGCGCCUGGGCAUUGUCCAGGACAUAUGGUAGCGUUGUGCCGUGUCUCUACCUCUCCCGACACCUAUGUCCUCCUGGGUGGAGACACCUGUCAUUCACGAUACAUCUACAGUCCCUUCCCUUCCCCCUCUGCUCGCUGGCCCUGCGCUUGCUGGGCCUACCCCGCUGAAGGACCUGAAGCAAAACCGUCGCAUACGAUGCAUGAGGACCUGUCUCUCGCGUAUGAGAGUAUCGCCCGAUUGACGAGGAUGGACAUGGAGGAUAACGUCAUGAGUGUCCUGGCGCACGAGACGGAGGUUGCGAGGGAGCUGGGGAUUGGGAUUGGGCAGAUGAAAGGCGGGUGGGAGGGGUGGAAAGAACUGGGUUGGAAGAGGAGGAAGGAGAGUGGGGAACCGCCCAGCCGGAAGGCGCUCUAAGUCGCUCGGGCUCCAGGAAGCUGGGUUGAAGGGCACCACUCAGGAAUACGGAAAUGGAAAUCAAUACAUGUACGGAACAACGUUUUGUUGUAUGACUCGAUACCUGAAGAAGCAGAGAAUGCGUUUAUUGCACUGCAACCUGCAUAUG